AAGUUCUCAUCUUUCUGAUCAACCAGCGAAAAGGUACUGCGUACCGUACUACCAAGCAAAGUCUUGAAACAGACGAAGAAGAACCAAGAUGAAGCUUCUUAUCGUUUGCCUGCUUGUUGCAGGAACACUGGCUGUGCCAGUCAAGAAGAGCAAGCAAGACAUCUUCAAGUGUGAAGAGCAGAGAAAUCGCUUUAAGGAAGGAGUGAGGUACAGCUACAAGUACGAAGGCGAGGUGAGCAGUGGAAUUGUGGGGCUGUCUGAGGACCGCACCGGACUCAAGCUCAAGUGUAAUGUCCAGGUCGAGGUCCCCGAAUCCUGCGAGCUGCUGCUCCGUACGGAGGGCUGUGUUCUGGAGGAGAUGGUUCGCCCGGAGAAGUACCAGAAGGCGCCCAACUCCCGCCAGUUCUCCAUCGCCAUGUCUGAGCGCCCGCUCUACUUCCGCAUGACCCGCGGAGAGGUGUACGGAGUCUACCCCAGCGUGGAUGAGCCCAUCCAGAUCCUGAACAUCAAGAAGGGCAUCCUGUCCUCCCUGCAGGUUCAGCAGGUUCAGGAGCCCGAGAGGGUUCACCAGUCCAGGAACACCACCGUCAACGUUACUGACAUCCACGGCAACUGCUCUGCCAACUACACCGUGUACAAGAUGAAGCAGGGACGCACCGUUUACAACGUCAGCAGGGACCUCAGCAACUGCACCCGCCCCAACAAGACCAUCACUGAACUGUCCCCUCUGUCUCUCCUCAAGAACAUCAGCCGCCAGGUGGAGACCAACCUGAACUCCACCCAGAACUGCAGUUACGAGAUUGACCGUAAGGGGCAGAUCCGCGAGGUUUACUGCCUGGAGCAGUACACGGUCCUGCCUCUCUCCUCCAACCAGAGCCGCACGGGCGUGCAGACCAACAUCACCGUCGUGCUCAAGAAGGGAUCCACCGAGACCAUGAACAGCAAGAAGAUCGACACCUCUCUGGAGGGCCGCCGUGUGUGCAACCUGACCUACGAGUUUGAGAACAUUACCGUUCCAUCCAACACCUCCAUCAACACCACCCUGGACAUCCUGCUGCAGCUGGUCAACACCACCAAGAACACCACCCAGCUCAACUCCACCGUGCUGUUCGACCGCUUCGUGGCCUCCCUGCGCAGCCUGAAGAACGAGAGCCUGUUCCAGCUGUUCCCUGUCGUCUACCAGAACCAGACCGGAAACUUCUCCUGCAACGCCACCCAGCAGAUCGCUCGCGACUACUUCGUCCAGGCCCUGCCCCAGUGCGGCUCCGUGCCCUGCAUCUCCCUCAUCAGCCACGCCAUCAUGAACGGGACCAUCAACGGCACGACCUCCGACCUGCUGAUGUACAGCCUGGCCUUCAUCACCGAGCCAACCCUGCCAAUCAUCAACCAGACCCUGAAGGUUGCUCUCCUGAACCGUACCCGCCCAGCCCUGCUGUCCCUGUCCACCCAGAUCUACAACUUCUACCAGAAGAACCAGACUGCCCGUGAGGUGCGUGAGGUCCCCCAGGUUAUCCGUGAGUCCAUGGACAUGCUGCUGAACACCAUCAGCUUCGACUGCUCUCCCCUCACAAACAUGGCCAACAACCCCCGCGUCGCCAUCCAGGAGCAGGAGGACAUCCUGAUCGCCCUGCGUGCCAUCGGCAACAUGGGCUUCCCCGUCCAGAAGCUCGACAAGGAGCUGCGUAAGGACUUCCGUAUCGUGCCCACUCUGAUCCGCUGUGCCAAGAACCCCAUCGUCCCCCGCAACAUCUCCCUCGCCGCCAUCCAGGCCGUCCGCCGCAUGGAGUUCACUCCUGAGGUCCGUGAGGAGCUGACUAAGAUCGUGACCGAGGCCGAGCACGACGUUGAGCAGCGCAUCGCCGCUUACAUCAUGCUGAUGAAGAACGUGACCAAGCCUGACCUGGUCCAGAUCCUCCGCAUCCUGCAGGUCGAGCAGGUCAACCAGGUGCGUUCCUUCAUCUCCUCCCACCAGCAGAACAUCCUGCGCUCGGAGGAGCCGGUGGUCCAGCCGCUGAGGAAGCUGGUAGAGGAGACUCUGCGUGAGGAGAGGAUCACCCUGCCUGAGCAGGAGGAUGAAGCCAUGAAGUUCAGCAAGAACUACCAGUACAGCCAGGAGAUGUACGUCCCUUACACCAACAUCUCUUGGAUCAACCGCCUGCGCACCAAUGUGAUCUACCACCACGAGAGCCCGCUGCCUCGCCAGAUCGCCUUCAACUACACCCUGGAGGCCCUGGGCAUGCCCGUCAACCUGUUCGACCUCACCUUCGACAUGGAGGGGCUCGAGACCGUCAUCGAGACCGUCUUCGGCCAGAAGGGCUACUACCCCGACGAGACCCUGAAGACCGUUCUGAAGAAGAAGCAGCAGCCCAAGAAGUCUUCCCUGGCCAACAACGUCUUGGAGACUCUUGAGACCAUGCACAAGGAGGUGCGUCAGGAGCGUGCCUACCCCCAGGUGUCCUCCACCCUGCGUAUCCUUGGCAACGAGUUCGGCUUCGUCACCCUGGAGCAGCUGAAGAACGCCACCAUCGGCACCCAGAACCCCGUCAAGUUCCUGGACACCCUGAACCGCGGAAUCCAGAAGAACUUCACCGCGGCCUGGAAGUUCGUGGAGGCGCGCUACACCCUGCCCACCAUCAUGGGUCUGCCCCUGAACAUCAGCACCAACGGGACCCUGGUCGCUCGCGCCGCCGUCAACGUCACCGCCGAUCUGAAGAAGAUCUUCACCCAGCCCCGCACCGCCUACGUGAAGACCCAGGUUACCCCCAGCGCCACUGUGAGCAUCGUGUCCCGCAUGGUCGUCGACUGCCCCCUGUACAGCUCCGUUGGUCUGCAGAUGAACGACACCCUGUACCACUCCUCCAACAUCUCCGCUAACGUCACCCUGAAGAACGGCGAGCUCAGCUUCCACCUCAACAACACCGUCGGCCCCGUGCAGGUGAUGAACUACAGCCGGGAGAUCUACCUCAUCCGUCCCCGUGAGAACCUGACUGAGAUCCGCGUGCCCAGGACCAACUCCACCUCCUUCAAGAACUGCACCAACACCACCAACGUGCUCGGCGUGGAGCUCUGCUUCUCCGGCGAGAUCGUCAACGGAACCUACCGCAACGUCUCUCACCUGGUCGGCCCCGUCAAGAGCCUCAACAUCACCAUCGUCCCCACCGACAAGAACCUGACCACCUACUCUGUGGCCAUGAAGUACGAGCAGCUGAAGCAGCGUGUUCAGCAGCAGGAGAAGCCCCGCAAGCAGCUCUGGCGCACCAAGUACAGCAACGAUCCCUCCAAGUUCAACUUCAUCGAGUCCCUGCGCGUGAACUUCUCCGCCCCCGGGCAGAACUACACCCGCAACGUGACCUCCCUGUUCCAGAUCAACCGCAACACCACCGAGCUGCUCUGGAACAUCACCGUCCCUGAGGUUCAGAACGUCACCGUCUGGGCUAAGAUUGCCAACGAGUCCCAGUGGUGGAACAAGACCAUGAACUACACCAUGUUGGUGAACGUGACCUACGCCCCUGAGAAGAACCUGACCCUGGAGUGGCGCUACCUCAACGUCACCUGCAACAAGACCCAGACCCAGAACUACACCAUGCUGGCCAACCUCACCGUCUCCAACAUGACCUACGCCUGGUCCUCCUCCGUCAACCGUACCCUCAACUCUACCGGCAACUUCACCGCCAACGUCAACGUCACCUACUACUGGGACCCCCAGACCCCCAUCCUGGACUGGCUGAAGCCUGAGUACAAGGUGAAGCCUGAGAACAUCUCUGUCCUGGCCCUGAAGUACGCCUACCUCAACAAGACCACCGUCAACGAGACUGUCUGGGAGACACAGAUGAACCUCACCUACCCCUUCCAGAACAUCACCUUCCUGGCUCGUGUGUGGAACAACACUGCUAACUACUCUGCCUCCGCCAACCUGACCUGGCUGACCCCGGCCAACGAGACUCGCUUCAUCAACGUCUCCCACCAGCUGCUCAACUCCAGCAUCGACAGCAUCACCAACUUCACCUACAUCUUCAACAUCUCUUCUGUCGAGAGGUACCUGUGCAUCAAUGCCAGCCUGGUGAACACCACCCAGGAGUACAACUCCACCCUGAACGUGACCCUGUUCAUGCUGAACUCCACCAUGUACAACAUGAGCUUCUACAACUGGACCGCUGCUCUCUCCAUGAGGAACAUCAGCCAGGAGAGCCCCGAGCCAAACACCAACAAGUGGUACUACGAGCCCACCAGUGGAAAGUACAUCCGUAAGCCGCAGCCUGAUGUGUGGGCCGUGAAGCUGAACCUGACCUACCCCAGCUACAUCAACCAGAGCUCCCAGAACUUCACCAUCUCCGCUCGCCUGGUCAACGCCACCCACGAGCAGGGACGCAACUACACCAUUAUCAGCAACAUCUCCAUCCCGGAGUUCAAGGUGAAUGCCACCCACAACAUGACCCUGCUGAAUAAGACCCAGGGCAUCGAGUUCUACUGGAACACCACCGCCUGCGCUAACCUGACUCUGCUGCAGAACAUCACCAUCUUCAACACCAGCCUGUGGAACAUCACCCGGCUCAACCGCACCAGCCCCUACCAGCUGCAGAACGCCACCUGGACCGGCAAGCUCAACUACACCUUCCCCAGGAACGAGUCCAUCCAGAUCCCUCUGCCCAUCAUUGGAAACCUGUCCCUGAGCAACAUCAGCUCCGUGUUUGAGAACAUCACCAUGCCCGUCUACCUGGCCAACUACAAGCUGCCCUUCCAGAUCUUCGGCAUCAAGAACAUCCCAUGGAUCCGCCAGGUUAACGAGAGCAUGAUUGUCCGUCUGCUGAACAUCUCUUACUUCGAGCCCAAGUUCCUCGAGGAGCUGGAGCCCAUCGUUGGGAAGAUCGAGAUCCCGCUGCCCAAGAUGCAGAUCAUCCCCAGGCCUAUCCUCCGCCUCAUCAACUACACUCUGCCCAACAUGACCAUCCCCAAGAACCUGAGCCUGCCCUGCCUGGGUAACCUGACGUACGAGAUGAACCUGACCAGUCCCAUCUACAACAUGACCGUCAACAGCACCGUGCAGAACGUCACCAUCGCACGCAACGUGUCUGUCAUCAACGCUUUCGUCAACGUCACCUCCAACUCUUCCAUGGAGUUCCUCAACUUCACCAUGCAGGGUGUUCUGAACGCCACCCACCUGAACAACCUGACUGAGGUGAACAUGACCUCCAGGCUGAACCUGACCCACCCUGACCUGACCGUGAACGUGACCCUGAACACCACCGGCCUCAACAUCACAGGCAUGAACGUCACCAACCUCAACAGCACCUUCUUCUUGAACAUCACGGCUCCCCAGUGGGUUAACGUGACCGUGAACGUGACCGCUCGUAACGACACUCUGUACGCCAACCUCACCAUCCCCACCUUCAACAGCUCCAUGGUCCUGCUCGGCCAGCUCCCCAACAAGACUCGUCUUAAUGUUACUCUCUACGUCAAGAACAUCACCCGUGACAUCAAUGAGACCGUCCUGUCCUGGUACGUGACCCUGAACGAGACCUCCCUGCUGUACUCCAACCUGACCUGGAACCUGACUGCUCUGAACUCCACCCUGAACCUCACCCGCGCUGUCGAGCAGUUCUGGAACAUCACCAGCAACCAGACCCACCCCAUCAACAAGUACGCUGUGCAGUACCUCAACAAGACCGUCGCUGAGUGCUUGAACACGACCGUGAACUACACCAUGACCCUGGUGAACUCCACCGUCAACUACACCUACGAACUGGUGCAGAACCUGACCGUGGGAACCCCCCUCUUCAACGUCACCUUCAACGGCACCGACAUGAUCCGUAACAUCACCAACAUGAUCACCUACAACACCACCGAGUUCUUCAACAGGACUCUGCCUGCCUUCAUGGUGAACUUCUACAUGUACGAGCCCAUCACCCAGAUGAUCGUGAACUACACGAUCAACGCCACCAUCCCGCAGAACCUCACCAUCACCAACGCCUCCAUCAACGCUCUGUCCUACUUCCUCUUCCCCGGGUACCAGUUCACCAACAACUCCAUCUGCGUGAAUGUCACCCACCCCAUGAACUGGACCAGCUUCUACGAGCUGCCAACCAUGAGGAACGAGACCGCCAAGAGGAACAAGACCUGGACCGAGGAGGUCGUCACCUACUUCUACGACAUGGUCUACACCAAGCCUGUGUACAAGCAGCUCAACAUGUACACCACCAAGACCGGCAUGAUCUUCGGCAAGAACAACGUGUACACCUUCGAUGGCCGCAUGUACGCCGUCCCCGAGUACAACCACGAGGACUGCAUGUACAUCAUGGCCCGCGACUUCCUGGAUAAGAACUUCACCAUCCUCAGCAGCCCCAAGUCCAUCACCGUCAAGCUCAGGGAACUGGUCGCCAAGAUCAGCGAGGACAGCAAGGUCUACAUCGAUGGCUCCAACCAGCCCACCGAGCUUCCCUACCAGACUCCCGAGAAGAACGUGACCAUCACCCGCACCGGCGUGUUCGUCAACGUGACCACUCGCUACGGCGUCAGCAUCAUCUGCGACUCCGUGAACCAGCUCUGUGCCUUCAACAUCUCCGGCCAGUACCACAACAAGACCCUGGGCCUGCUGGGUACCAACGACAACGAGCCCUCCACCGACUUCCGCCGCCCCAACGGCCGCAACACCUCCAACAUUGCAGAGUUCCUCAACUCCUACGAGGUGACCGGAUACAAGACCUGCAAGCUGAGCCCCAACCAGCAGUACAACAAGGUCGCCAAGGUCAAGCUGAGCAAGGUGAACCCCAUCUGCCGCCAGCUGCUGAACGAGCGUAACACCACCUCCCCGUACGCCAAGUGCUUCCAGACCGUCGACCCCAAGCCGUUCCGUGAGGCGUGCGAGUACAGCUCCAAGUACCAGAGCGAGGAGAAGGCCUACUGCGCAACCAUCGGCGCCUACGUCAGCCUGUGCCAGUCUAAGGGCAUCUUCAUCAACCAGACCGCUCAGUGCACCGUGUGCGAGAAGACCCGCCAGCUGAACGACACCUGGUGGCAGAAGAGCCGCAGGACCGCUGACAUCGUCCUCAUCGUGUCCGAGAACAUCCAGCUCACCAAGAAGUCCAACCCCGAGCACCAGCUCAAGAAGCUCAUCCAGAAGCUCAGCGAGAAGAAGUCUUACGACGACAUCCGCGUUGCCAUCGUCGGCUUUGGAGGCAAGGAUGUCCACGAGCCCGCUCACGUCCACACCAUCAACGGCGAGCUGUUCGCUCAGAUGAAGCCCAACGAGGUCAACAAGGCCCUGAAGGAACUCGCUUUCGAGGGUAAGAAGACCACCAACGCCAUGGAGGCCAUCAGGCUGGCUGCCCAAUACCCCUUCCGCCCCGAAGCCUCCAAGGUCUUCCUGCUCAUCACCGAGGAGGACAAGGUCGAGAAGAACCCCCAGGAGAUCCGUGAGAUUAAGAAGAUCCUCGCCGAGCAGUCCAUCACCCUGAACGUCUUCUCUAGCUACAAGGAGAUCAAGAAGUCCAAGGUUGACCAGAUCUACGGCAUCAAGUACAACCUGGAGAUCAUCUCUGACAAGAAGGUGCCCAAGAAGCACUCCAUCUCCGGCCUGGUCAAGCUGCCCAAGGGCGUCUACGUCGAGCUCUGCACCGCCACCAAGGGCUCCAUCUUCUCCGUGGACCUUCUGCUGGAAGGCGAGCACCGUCUGAUGAAGCAGGUUUCCGACAUCGUCGUGGACCAGAUCGAGUCUCAGUCCGGCAUCGAGAAGAUCUGCAGGUGCUACCAGGGCCCCGCCGGCGAGGGCGUCACCAAGUGCAAGGUUGUUCCCGUCUACUAUUAAACUGGACAAAAAAACAGAAACAUCAAGAACGACCCCCACAAAUGACGACAAUAACGACGCUGCUAAACAACGUUACUCAUGAUGUAAAAUGAUUUUUUUUAUUUAAAAGUGAUCAAAAGGAACUACUUUUUACCACCAACUCUCAAGUGUUCAAGUAUAGAUAGCUUUGUAUAACUAUGUUGCAAGGACAUAUUGUUCCAUAAAAAGAUAUUAUUAAAUAUUGGAAUUGUUCAUUUGCAA